AUGGACAACAAAAAUACUGCAUCAGACACGGACGACCACAAUACAAACCAGAACGACGUGGCCUGUGCAGACCGUUGUGCUCUGAAGAUGGACAAGUUUGAAGAUGCGAACGCUCUGACUACACCGGACAAGGCAGCAAGGAGAACCAUAGAGGUAAACGCUGAAAACGAGAAACCCAACUUUUAUUCCACAAUUCCCACAAUUAUAGUUACCCCAGCCUCGCCUGAUAAAUUCCAUGGGGAUGUCAUUACUGAGGGGUCAAAGUUCCAUACCAACAUGCAGCCAUGUUAUGAUGGCCAGCGUAUGUUUGGGCAAGGCCACGAGAGUGUUGGGGAUGCGCAGUGUCUGAAUGAUGCUAAGCUACUGACCACCCCACCGACAGACACAACUAUCAAUAUUCAACGACCACCUAUCAGUGACGCAGACACGGUCUCUCUACUAGGGAUUCCCAUGAGCAGACAGUUGUCCAGCUGUGCUGAUGCAACCAACGAGGACGACAUAGAGGUUAUGUGCCGGUUUUCUUCCACACCAGUGAUGCGCAAGCCUAGGAAAGGACAGAAUGUUGACAAUACCGACUGUAGUUUUAUCAGCAUCAGCGACGCCAGUCCUAUCCCGCCUGGGGCCAGCACAGUGAAAACACCGAACCGAAGCAGCAACCGUUCCAUCUGUCACGAGGAGAUCCACCCCGAGGAGGGCACCUCAGCAGGUAACCAACCAUCGAAUAUGAUGUACAUUCAUCCACAGUAUGUCAUUCAAAAUCAAAGCCAGGGAAUGUUCAGACGGGAUAUUCCAGUCACCCAAAGUGCCCAACCCCCCUACAUGGCAGGACGCGUUAUUGACCACUCGUAUAUACCAUCAUCAUCAUUGUCAGGCGGGUCUUACACAGCAGGCCAGAAUGUCUACUCCACCUACAUGCCACCUACAGGUUGUUACAGUGAAUACUUCCCAACCAAGGACAACUCAUGGACUGACCUGAGUUACCGCCCUGACAGCUCACCUGUACCAGGACCUCACGUUGACACCUGCUGCUACCCCGUGACAGGUGGUAGUGCCGCCGAGAGCGAGUACUUUGUGUAUCCUUCAAUCUACGUGUCUAGUUCUGGCCUUAUCUCAGUCUUGCUCCGCAACGACAUGUCUGUGGAAAUGACCGUGGACCGUACAAUCAGGGUGGUCUCCCACAACCACAUGAUGGCAGUGGCCACCGACAGUCGAGGCACAGCCGCUUGCCUCUAUCAUCCGGCGGUCAAGGUGUUCCAGAUAGGAACCACAACAGAUAUAGCAACUUUAAAUUUCCGAGCUCGAAUGGGAAGCGAAGUCAUUGUCUUCUCAAACGGCAUCAACUUCUUUAAGUUGGAGGACACCGAGUUGCAGCCCACGGCACCCAUCAAGUUCACUGACAUUUUCCGAGACCAGUCAGUGAAUCUGCUGUUCUCGUCCGAAGGUUACGGGGAAUCGUUAGUGGCCAGUUGUAUGCAGGUUGCUGCCCAGGCUGAGUACGCCAAUCUGCCAAAGGGUGGAGUCAUUGUUCGGAUCAACGGUGUGAAAGUCACGCAGACUGGCGGUGGAGACGUAACUGUGGUUACUGGAGCCAAGUUCAUUCGCUUAUCUCCCCAUUUUGGUACUACACGUUUGGGAAACAGAUUCGUGGACAUCGAGGUGGAGAAAGACUGGACAGUCAAGCUGACCAGAGGCUCCCACAGUUUUGUCUAUUCCAAGAAAAGAGCCAUGGUUUGUAACGGCAAGAUGGAGGCUGGCUUUGACGAAAACAACGGGUUAAAGGUCACUAACCUGCAACUGCGGCUGCCCCUAUUGGCCGAGCCGUCAAUUGUUCGACGUCCGUGCAGGAAGCAGGUGAGGCUACCACCAACUUCGGGCACCCCAAAACGUAGGCCUGGACCUACGGGUACUGGCCGCGGCAAUAACAUGUCUUAA